AUGAAGAUUUGGCUGCCAAACCUCUCCUCUGAUAAGAGAAAAAGAGAAUAUAUAUUAAUAGACAAUAAAGAAGACAUACAUAAUGCUAUUGAGAUAGGCAGAGUUGUCAAAAAAUCUAGAAAAGAAAUAUGGGUUGAUAUAGGCACACCAAAAAGUUCAAUAAUAAUAGACAAAGAGGAGAUGAUAUUCAGAAAAUCUAAAGAGGCAAGAGCAAAUAGAUUCCAAAAUGAAGAAAGGCUAGUAGGUAUCAAGACAAUUGACUCUCUUGAGAUAAAGCUAAUUAGAAAGCAGAUUGAGAAUCUAGAAAUAGCGGAUGAGUUAUGUAAAAAA